AUGAUUGCUUCCGAAGGGCAGGAUGGCGACCAAAUUGGAGACGUGGUCGCACCAGCCGCUAAUUUGAAUAACACGGCUGCAUCCUAUGAUGAAGCAGCUGAUAAGGAGCUCGGCCAACCCCCGGCCUUAAAACGCGAGCUUCAGAGUCGCCAUAUGCAGAUGAUUGCCAUUGGUGGUGCCAUCGGAGCUGGUCUGUUCGUGGGAACUGGAGGUGCGCUCCAAGAGGGAGGGCCUGGAGCCCUACUCAUCGCAUACAUGAUUGUUGGUGUUAUGGUUCUGUUUACCGUCCAAGCCCUCGGGGAACUUGCGGUGCUCUAUCCAGUAAAUGGAGCUUUUUUCGACUACUGCGUCCGGUUCAUCUCUCCUGCAUGGGGAUUUGCAAUGGGCUGGGAUUACGCCAUCGGCUGGCUCGUUAUCCUCCCAUUCGAGCUAACAGCUGCGAGUAUCACUAUCCGGUUCUGGCGGGAUGACCUGAAUAUGGGUAUAUGGGUAGCGGUCUUCCUGGCAGUACUAUCUGUCAUCCAAAUAUUUGGUAUCCGCGGCUACGGAGAAGUUGAAUUUAUCCUUGGUAUCAUCAAGGUCACAGCAAUUAUUGGAUUUAUAAUACUCGGAAUUGUGAUUGAUUGUGGCGGGGCCCCGAAGGGUGGUUAUAUUGGAGCUCACUACUGGCAUAAUCCCGGCGCAUUCACCUCUUUCACCGGUUUCUGCUCUGUCUUUGUCACGGCUGCUGUUUCCUUUACUGGUACUGAAUUGACGGGGUUGGCUGCUGCUGAGUCCAGAAACCCUGGCAAGGCUAUCCCUAAGGCGACUAAGCAAGUUUUCUGGCGGAUUACGAUCUUUUAUCUCUUGGCAACCUUUAUAGUAGGACUUAUUGUGCCAUAUGAUUCUAAAUGGCUUCUAGGUUCUAAUGGCGCUAACACUAAGGCGUCACCCUUUGUUGUGUCUAUUCAGAACGCUGGUAUCUCGGGGUUGCCCUCGGUGAUGAACGCAGUCAUCACAAUUUCUGUUAUCAGCGUCGCCAACUCCGCAACAUUUGCGUCGAGUCGGACAUUACAGGCUCUAGCAGAGCAGAGAAUGGCCCCUCAGAUAUUUGCUUAUAUUGACAAGGCUGGGCGGCCCCUCUACUGUGUUCUGCUACAGAUUGCGUUUGGCUUCCUGGCGUUUAUUAACGAGGCAUCAUCAACGGGAAAUGCCAUUUUCGACUGGCUCCUAGCCCUGUCAGGGGUGUCGCAGUUCAUGCUCUGGGGCAGUAUCUGCCUCGCUCAUAUCCGCUUCCGCAAAGCUUGGGCAUACAAUGGGCGCGACUUUAAAGAACUCGCCUACUACGCACCAUUUGGUGAAAUUGGCAGCUGGAUCGGCCUCGGCCUCAAUGUGCUAUGCCUCAUCGCCGAGUUAUACGUGUCUGUGAUAUCAAAAAGUGCAAUGCUCUUCUUCGAGAACUACCUCGCGUUUCCUCUCACCAUCGCCCUCUUCCUAAUCUGGAUUGUCUACCUCAAAUUUUCCAAAAACAUCUCCCUCGGACUCCGAGAAUUGUUCCUCUUGAAGGUGCAAGAUAUUGAUGUUCUGAGCAAUAUUCGUGAUGGUGCUCUUGACGUCAAUCUGCAGCCUAAGGUUGAAUAUGACACCUGGGGAGAAUGGAUCAAGGCGGCGCCGACACGCAUUUUGCACUCAUUGUUUUGA